ACUGGCAGUCCUGCCUGUCAGGUACUGCAUUUUUUACAGAUAUAAAGCAGGGAAGGAAAAACAUGUUUUACCCAACAUGUCAAUGUCACUGAAUACAUUAAGGAUAUAGAAUAGAUUUUCCUGCCCAAACAUACCAUGUGGCCUUAAACAGCUAUGGUUCCUUUGAGAAUAACUGGGAACAAUUCCUGUUCAACUAAAGUGAAAACUCCCAUAAAUGACAUUCCAAUAUUAUGAGGGGGAAAAAAAAAUCAAGUGGCUUAACCACUUGUGCACCAUGCAAAGACUGACUUUGUUUUGCUAAGAGAGCUCCUCUCUAAGGUGGAAAAGGCAAGCCUCCCAAGGACAACUCUCUCUUUCCCUGUUUUCUACUGUUAUCUAUUUAAUUUUGUUUCAUAAAAUACGCCACUUACCCUCAUAACUUCCCAAGAGUCUGAACAACUAAUGAGAUCCAUUGCACAGAAGAGAAAGCAAGGUAAGCAAGCUUCUUUCUCAGGUAUGUAAUGGAGAGAGCCUCACCAGACCUCUAAUCUUUUUAGGCCACUGUCCAUUUCCACUGGUCCUCAUGGUGCUUUCAUGUGUAAACUUAAUGUUAGUAGAAAGUAUUGGUCACGGUAACUUUAAUGUCCCUCUAAGCUAGAUACUAUACUAACACUGGCACACCUGGCUUUCACCCUUAGCACCUUGGAAAUUUUCUUCUUCCAAAGCUUUGAAGGUGUGCCAUAGGCCCUUCACUUGUUUAAAUCCUGGGCCUCUCAGCAGAAUGCUGCGAAGAUAGCCACAACUCAAGUCACUCUGCCUGGAUGCCCCCUGUCAAACGAGGUCCUGAAAUUCUGCACUUUCAGCAAGUAUCCAAGUGACAAAUGCUGCUAGUCCCCAGAUGACACUGAGUACUAAGAGAAAUGCUCACAACCACAUUGGAGGAGUCACAGCGACACCUGGUUCAUGGAGGCAAUGAGUACAAAUACACUGAGCAGCUCUGCAGCAGUGGCACCAGCCUCAGGAAUGUCCCCUGAGCCUUGAACCUGAGGAACCACAUCUGAGAACACCCUGCCUAUGUCUGCAGAGUCAGCUUGGAUUCCUCAUGUUAUUCAGGGAUGGAGAGUCUUCGGCAGGAUUAACUGUGUUACCACCAGCUGAUGAGAUGGCAUCUUUGCAAAGGAAGGGGCUGCCAGCAAGGAUCCUCAGCUCUGAAGAAGAGGAGAAACUGAAAAGGGACCAAACUUUAGUGUCUGAUUUUAAACAACAAAAACUGGAGAAAGAGGCUCAGAAGAACUGGGAUCUUUUUUACAAAAGAAAUAGUACUAAUUUCUUCAAAGACAGACACUGGACCACCAGAGAGUUUGAGGAGCUCAGAUCAUGUAGGGAGUUUGAAGAUCAAAAAUUGACUAUACUUGAAGCUGGCUGUGGGGUUGGGAACUGUCUAUUCCCACUUUUAGAAGAUCUGAAUAUCUUUGCUUAUGCCUGUGACUUUUCUCCAAGAGCAGUUGAAUAUGUCCAGCAAAAUCCUUUAUAUGACACAGAAAGAUGCAAGGUAUUCCAGUGCGAUCUAACUAAAGAUGACCUUAUGGAACAUGUGCCCCCCGAGUCUGUGGAUGUUGUCCUGUUGAUAUUUGUGCUCUCUGCUGUUCACCCUGAUAAGAUGCACCUUGUCUUACAAAACAUUUACAAGGUAUUGAAACCAGGCAAAAGUGUCCUGUUUCGUGACUAUGGACUAUAUGAUCACGCCAUGCUUAGGUUUAAAGCUGGAAGCAAACUUGGAGAAAACUUUUAUGUUAGACAAGAUGGAACCAGAUCGUAUUUUUUUACUGACGAGUUCCUGGCUCAGCUCUUUACGGACUCGGGUUAUGAAGAAGUGGUGAAUGAGUAUGUGUUUCGUGAGACGGUGAACAAAAAAGAAGGUCUGUGUGUGCCAAGAGUUUUCCUUCAGAGCAAAUUCCGAAAGUCUCCAAAGAGCCCAACUCCUGUGACCCUGGGCCCGGGGCACAGGUCCUGACCUUUCUUUCACAAGGUUGACUUUUAUGCCUCCUCUUGAAGAGGAAUGUUUAAUGUCAUUCUUUUUAUUUUCUAUAUUUUUAUAUCUUAACUUCUUCAAUGAGUAUAUAUACCUUUUGUAUUAAAAAGUAGCGUGUAAAAAAAAC